CUGUGUGUCUGUGUGUGGGUAUGCGCGUGCGUGCGUGCGAGUGAGCGUGCGUGUAAAUCACGGAGUAGAGAGAUCGGUGCGCGUCGCGAGAGGAGAGAGUGUUCCUUUAAGAAGAGGCUUCGGAGGGGAGGAAGAGGAGAGAAAACACAUAGGCGGCUCGGCUCGAGGGGAGCGGACACAGCACCGGAAUAUCUCCCGGUAAACACGGAGGGACGGGAUGGGCUCCGCGCGUGGAUGACCGAGCUAUUCCAACCCCUGUGUUGAGGAUUCCAGCGUCAAACCCACCUCUUCCCUUCCCUACCCCCGCCCACCCCCAUCGGCUGCCACCACCCCCCAGCCCAGAAAGCUCCUCCGUCAGCUCACCUUCUGGAUCCCCUACCCCCCGGGGGGACGAGGAGCUCUGGGGAAGGAGAAGCCAUGCGUUGAAGGAGUGGGCCGGGCCUUAAUCUUUUUUCCAUGGCACUUUGUGGCACCGCUCAUAGAAGACCCACGACCCGAACACACAGAGGGAGUCUGGAACCGAGAAGAACCUGAGAACCUGGAACCUGGAACCUGGAACCUGGAACCUGAGAACCUGGAACCUGAAAACCUGGGCCCGGGACCAGAGACUAGCCGCUGUUAGGAAACCUCCGUCACCCGCCAGCGUCUCAUGAUGAUGUGCGAGGUGAUGCCCACCAUUUCUGAGGACGGCCGCGGGGGUCCGGGCGGGGGUCUCUCCUCCCCGGCGGGGAGCGCGGGGGCCGGGGGCGCCACCGGAGGAGCGGGCUACGGCGGCCGGGAGCCCCGAGGAGGAGGGGGGGGCGACGAGGGCGGCAGCACGGGGAACCUGGAGUCCCUGAUGGUGAACAUGCUGACAGAGAGGGAGCGGCUGCUGGAGAGUCUGAGGGAGACGCAGGACUGCCUGGGGACGGCCCAGCUCCGGCUCAGAGAGCUGGGCCACGAGAAGGACUCCCUGCAGAGACAGCUGUCCAUCGCCCUGCCGCAGGAGUUUGCUGUGUUGACCAAGGAGCUGAACGUGUGUCGGGAGCAGCUCCUGGAGAGAGAGGAGGAGAUCUCUGAGCUGAAAGCCGAGCGCAACAACACGCGGCUGCUGCUGGAGCACCUGGAGUGUCUGGUGUCUCGCCACGAGCGCUCCCUGAGGAUGACGGUGGUGAAGCGGCAGGCCCAGUCUCCUGCUGGGAUCUCCAGCGAGGUGGAGGUGCUCAAGGCCCUCAAGUCCCUGUUUGAGCACCACAAGGCCCUGGACGAGAAGGUCAGAGAGAGGCUUCGCGUGGCUCUGGAACGAGUGUCCGCGUUGGAGGACCAGCUAGCGUCUUCUUCUCAAGAGGUGAUUUCUCUCCGAGACCAAAUCAAGAGACGACAGCAAGGCCUUGAUCCCGGGAAAGAUCGGCUCCCAAACGGCCCGUCGACAGCGCUGGACGAGGGAGAGCUGGAGCGUCAGAGGGAGGGCGAGAUAGAGCGACAGCGGGAGGGCGAGAUAGAGCGACAGAGAGCUGAGCUGUCCCAGCUUAAGGAGAGGCUGGCCCUCAUGUGUCGACAGGUGGGAGAGAUCGAGGAGCAGCUGGCUGCUGCCAGGAGGGAGGUAACCAAGUCCGAAGAAGCCAAUCAGAAGCUGCAGAGGGACGUGAAGGAGGCCCUGUGUCAGAGAGAGGACAUGGAGGAGAGGAUUACUACGCUGGAGCGCAGGUACCUGAGUGCCCAGCGAGAGGCCACCUCUCUCCACGACAUCAAGGACAAGCUGGAGAAUGACCUGGCCAGCAAGGAGUCCCUCUACAGACAGAGCGAGGAGAAGAACCGUCAGCUCCAGGAGCGUCUGGACGACGCCAAGCAGAAGCUCCAGCAGACCCUCCAGAGGGCCGAGACCCUGCCCGAGAUCGAGGCCCAGCUGGCCCAGAGGGUGGCAGCACUCAACAAGGCAGAGGAGCGUCAUGGUAACUUCGAGGAGAGGCUGAGGCAGAUGGAGGCUCAACUAGAGGAGAAGAACCAGGAACUACAGCGGGCGAGGCAGAGGGAGAAGAUGAACGACGAGCAUAACAAGCGUCUGUCCGACACGGUGGACAAGCUGCUGUCCGAGUCCAACGAGAGGCUUCAGCUCCACCUCAAGGAGAGGAUGGCUGCGCUCGAGGAGAAGAACUCUCUGUCUGAGGAACUGGCAAACAUGAAGAAGAUCCAGGACGACCUCCUCGCUAACAAGGACCAGCUGCUGGCGGAGCUGGAGAGGAUCCAGGUGGAACUGGAUCAGUUGAGGGGGCGCUCUGGCUCCUCCUACUCCAGGGCGGGCAGCGUGAGCUCCCUCCCCUCCACCCUCUUCAGGCGGUCCCUCCCGGGCAGCGCCUCGGAGCUCCGCUACCCGCAGGGCGGAUCCCUGCCAUCGGGGGGCGCUGUGGUCCGACGCACCCACCGCGGGCGCUGGGGGCCGCGCGACGACAACAACAAGUAUGGGGAGUGGGACAACCCGUCCAUGCUCGCCCCCGGGUACGACGGGGGGGUGGAAGGGAGCUGCUCCGACGACGAGGAGGACCGGGAGACCAUGUUCGGCUCGGAGCUCCUGUCCCCCAGCGGACAGACGGACGUGCAGACGCUCGCCAUCAUGCUGCAGGAGCAGCUGGAGGCCAUCAACAAGGAGAUCAAGCUGAUCCAGGAGGAGAAGGAGAGCACGGAGCAGAGGGCGGAGGAGAUCGAGAGCCGGGUCAGCAGUGUGGCGAUGGACGCCCCCUCCCUCCCCCCCAACUCCCUCGGGUCGCGGGGCUACAUGACCCCCUCCCUCACCUCCUCCACCCUCGCCUCCCCCUCGCCCCCGAGCUCCGGCCACUCCACCCCGCGCCUGCCCCACUCCCCCGCCAGGGACAGCGACAGACAGAACAGCAAAGAUGGAGAGGAGUGCCGAGCUCUGGCCCUCAUAGACAACAACCCAUCUGUUCCCCGGGCGCUGCGACUGGAUAGAAUGACCCACACACACCCCGGGGCAGGGCUGGACGACCACCGUGAAUACCGCAGUCUGUCUGCAGACGGAGCCAUCACAGCCAGCCAGGACUCGCUCCACAAGGCCAGUAAGAAGAAGAGUAUCAAGUCGUCCAUCGGCCGUCUCUUCGGCAAGAAGGAGAAGGGCAGGAUGCCCGGGAGCGGCCGGGAGUCCCCCUCACUAGCCUCAACCCCGUCAGAUGAGCUGGGCUCCGCUGACCCUCUGAGUCUCAAGAUGGGGACAGGAACAGUGGAGAAGGACCGCCGGAGCAAGAAGAAACAUGACCUUCUGGAGGAGGCGUGUCGUCAGGGUCUCCCCUUCGCCUCCUGGGAUGGUCCCACCGUGGUCACAUGGCUAGAGCUGUGGGUGGGCAUGCCGGCCUGGUACGUGGCGGCGUGCCGGGCCAACGUGAAGAGCGGAGCCAUCAUGGCCAACCUGUCGGACACGGAGAUCCAGAGAGAGAUCGGCAUCAGCAACCCACUGCACCGCCUCAAGCUACGCCUCGCCAUACAGGAGAUGGUGUCUCUGACCAGCCCCUCUGCACCAGCAAGCACACGAUCCUCUACCAGUAAUAUUUGGAUGACCCACGCAGAGAUGGAGUCUCUCACCACGGCAACCAAACCAGAGCAGAAGGAGUUCAGCUGGGAUCAGAUCCUGGCCUACGGGGACAUGAACCACGAGUGGGUGGGCAACGAGUGGCUGCCCAGCCUGGGUCUGCCCCAGUACCGCUCCUACUUCAUGGAGUCCCUGGUGGACGCCCGCAUGCUGGACCACCUCACCAAGAAGGAGCUGAGGGGCCAGCUCAAGAUGGUGGACAGCUUCCACAGGGUGAGUCUCCACUACGGCAUCAUGUGUCUGAAACGCCUGAACUACGACCGCAAGGAGCUGGAGAGGAGACGCGACGAGAGCCAGCACCAGAACCACGAUGUGAUGGUUUGGUCCAACGAGCGCGUGAUGUGCUGGGUGCAGACCAUCGGUCUGAAGGAGUUUGCGGACAACCUGACAGAGAGCGGCGUCCACGGCGCUCUGCUGGCGCUGGACGACACCUUCGACUACACUGACCUCGCCCUCCUCCUCCAAAUACCCAAUCAGAGCACACAGGCUCGGCAGCUCUUGGAGAAGGAGUACAACGCCCUCAUCUCCAUGGCAACCGAGAGGAGGCCAGACGAGGACGGGACCAAGACGUUCACGCGUUCGCCAUCCUGGAGGAAGAUGUUCCGGGAGAAGGAUCUGAGGGGCGUGGCCUCCGACUCGGAGACACUCCCCGCUAACUUCCGGGCCUCCGCCAUCGCCACGUCCUCCGUCACCCUGAGGAAGGUCCAGAGUGAAGCCAACUCGGGCGCCAGGGGGGAGUCGGCCUCCAUCCGAACCUACUCCUGCUAGAAGAAAAGCACACCAGGAUCCUGUCCUCUCCUAUUGAUGGAGAACCGCCAGGGUCCUGCCCACUCCUACUCCUGGAGAGCUACCAGGGUCCCGUCCACUCCUCCUCCAGAGGGCCCGGAUCCUCUUCCACACAACAUGGAAGACCGACAAAGACCCUCUGAAAAAAAUAUCACAAGAAAUGAGUGAAUGUGUGUUCUCCCUGUCUAACUCUCUCUCUUUCUCUCGAUCUCUCUCUUUCUGUCUCUGUCUCUGUCUUUGUCUCCUUCUCUCUCUGUCUGUCUCUCUGUCUCUCUCUGUCUCUCUCUCUCUCUCUCUCUCUCUCUCUCUCUCUCUCUCUCUCUCUCUCUCUCUAUCAGUGUGUUUGACGCUGUAGAAACUGACUCCAUAUUCUGACAUCAUUGUUAGUCUUGAUCGAAUGGAAGGGCAGUACUGACAGGUGGUUAGUUAGUGUUUCACAUUGAAAAGCCCCUAAGGAGGUGGGGGUUAGUUAGUGUUUCACAUUAAAAGCCCUUAAGAAAGUAGGGGUUGGUUAGUGUUUCACAUUAAAAGCCCUUAAGAAUGUAGGGGUUGGUUAGUGUUUCACAUUAAAAGCCCUUAAGAAAGUAGGGGUUGGUUAGUGUUUCACAUUAAAAGCCCUUAAGAAAGUAGGGGUUGGUUAGUGUUUCACAUUAAAAGCCCUUAAGAAAUUAGGGGUUGGUUAGUGUUUCACAUUAAAAGCCCUUAAGAAAGUAGGGGUUGGUUAGUGUUUCACAUUAAAAGCCCUUAAGAAAGUAGGGGUUGGUUAGUGUUUCACAUUAAAAGCCAAAGGGAGUUUGUGGUUAGUUAGUGUUUACCAUUAAAAGCCCUUAGGGAGGUUUGGGUCGGUUAGUGUUUCACAGUAAAAGCCCUUAGGAAGGUUGAAGUUAGUUAGUGUUUCACAUUAAAGACAAGUUCAGUAACCAGUUCAGUGCAAGGACAUUUAUUAAGCCAUACCGACCGUAAGGAGAUGCACAACAAAUAAAGUAAGACAAUGACAAACUUAGUGAAGUGCAUUAUGGGAAACUCCUGUCCAAACUCAAAGAAAGAGCAUUAAAAAAAAGAAGAGUUAACGUUGGUCAUAUGCAUGCCCCCCCCCCACCCUUUCCCCCUCCCCCCCCCCCCCCCCGUGUCAGAGUGACCCCAACAUGGAUGACUGCAGCGGAGACUUUGUAAAAUGUGUGUAUUUUAUUUGUAUCAUUUUUUAUGAUAACUACUAUUGUAUGUAUGUAUGUACAGUAGGUGUGUGUGUGUGUGUGUGUGUGUGUGUGUGCGUGUGUGUGUAUGUGUUGAACUGUAUGCUUAUUUCAUAAUUAGUUAAAACUGGCUGUGAUCUGAUUUUAGGUUGAAGAGUAAAUACGUUUUCCAUGAUGGACAUUAAGAUAUGCUACUUGUAUGUGUACAUUUUGAAGAAAAAAUAUCAAAUUGUGUUAUGAUUUAAAUGAAUAUUCUUAAUGGAGAGUAGUGGUGAUUAUUGAAUAUAUUAUGAUUACAUUAAUGAUAAUGAUUGUAAAAGAUGUAAUUAAAAAAAGUACCUCUAA